AUGAAGAGAUUCACACUUGGAGGCGGGGCCGCGCGCAAAAACUCCAACAACAACAACGAGCUGUGGCUCCUGCAGGACGAGGACUCCUAUAAAGAACCUCUGGGCGCAGCUGACAGCGCCGCCUCUGCUUUGUUAUGUCCGGGGGAAGCUACUGGCAGCCGGGGUGGCUCAGUGUCAGACCACAGGAGGGACACAGUCUCAGAGGCAUCAGGCGCGGGGCCCAUCGGAAUGAUAUGCAACAAGAACGGAGACUGUAGAAGGGACCCAACCAGUUCAGGGAGUCUGUCUUCUCUCAUCUCCAGACAAGAAAGGCAAACAGAUGGAGACGUAGGGAGUCAAGAGGAAAAGGGGCAGGCUGGGAGGAUGGACGCCUCUGGUACCUCAGCGGGGUCCCUGACUCAGGGCCCCACCGGGACUGAGGUCAAGACCACCGCACCGAUGGAGAAGAAGGACUCAAGAGUUUCUUUUUCCAGCGCUCCGACUGGCAAAGGUCAAACCCCGAGUGCGCAUUCAAGAAACUCUGUCACUUUCACUAAAGCGGAGGACAGUUCUCAGAUAGUUCCGGACGAUGGGGACUCCAGGGGGAACCAGACCUACAUGCAGCGGCAGUUCAGCUCCAUGCUCCAGCCUGGAGUUAAUAAAUUCUCCUUGCGCAUGUUUGGGAGCCAGAAGGCGGUGGAGAAGGAGCAGGAGCGCGUAAAAUCUGCGGGUAACUGGAUUAUCCACCCAUACAGCGACUUCAGGUUCUACUGGGACUUCACCAUGUUGAUGUUCAUGGUUGGCAACCUGAUCAUCAUCCCAGUAGGCAUCACAUUCUUCAAAGAUGAGACAACAACACCCUGGAUCAUCUUUAACGUGGUCUCAGAUACCUUCUUUCUUAUGGACCUGGUGCUCAACUUCCGGACAGGGAUUGUCUUUGAAGACAACACUGAGAUCAUCUUGGAUCCCAAGAAGAUCAAGCAAAAAUACCUGAAGAGCUGGUUUAUCGUGGACUUUGUUUCCUCCAUACCUGUGGAUUAUAUCUUCCUCAUUGUGGAGAAGGGGAUCGACUCAGAGGUAUACAAAACGGCCCGGGCACUUCGCAUCGUCCGGUUCACAAAGAUCCUGAGUUUGCUGCGCCUCCUCAGGCUGUCAAGGCUCAUCCGUUACAUCCACCAGUGGGAGGAGAUCUUCCACAUGACCUACGACCUGGCCAGUGCUGUGAUGCGAAUAAUCAACCUGAUCGCGAUGAUGCUGCUGCUGUGCCACUGGGACGGCUGUCUGCAGUUCCUUGUUCCCAUGCUGCAGGACUUUCCAUCUGACUGCUGGGUCUCACUUAACAAGAUGGUGAAUGAUUCAUGGAGCGAGCUCUAUUCCUUUGCCCUCUUCAAGGCCAUGAGCCACAUGCUGUGCAUUGGAUACGGAAGACAAGCCCCAGAGAGCAUGUCGGACAUCUGGCUGACCAUGCUCAGUAUGAUCGUGGGAGCAACAUGCUACGCCAUGUUCAUUGGCCAUGCGACCGCACUCAUCCAGUCUCUGGAUUCUUCAAGGCGGCAAUACCAGGAAAAGUACAAGCAAGUGGAGCAGUACAUGUCAUUCCACAAACUGCCGGCUGACUUCCGACAGAAAAUCCAUGACUAUUAUGAGCACAGAUACCAAGGCAAGAUGUUUGAUGAGGAGAGCAUCCUGGAGGAGCUUAAUGAGCCACUGAGAGAGGAAAUUGUUAACUUCAAUUGCCGUAAACUGGUGGCGUCAAUGCCGCUGUUCGCCAACGCCGAUCCAAACUUUGUGACAGCCAUGUUGACCAAACUGAGAUUUGAAGUCUUCCAACCUGGAGACUACAUCAUCAGAGAAGGCACCAUUGGCAAGAAGAUGUACUUCAUUCAGCACGGUGUGGUGAGCGUUCUGACUAAAGGAAGCAUCGGCAUGAAGCUGAUGGACGGCUCCUACUUUGGUGAGAUCUGCCUGCUGACCCGAGGCAGAAGGACAGCCAGUGUGCGAGCAGACACCUACUGCCGCCUGUACUCUCUCUCGGUGGAUAACUUCAAUGAAGUGCUAGAAGAGUAUCCCAUGAUGAGAAGGGCCUUUGAGACGGUUGCAAUUGACAGACUGGACAGGAUAGGCAAGAAGAACUCAAUCCUGAUGCACAAAGUCCAGCAUGAUCUCAAUUCUGGUGUUUUCAACAACCAUGAAAAUGAGAUGAUUCAGGAAAUAGUCAAAUAUGAUCGGGAGAUGGUUCAGCAAGUGGAUGUACCCCGGCCACGAGCUAUGUCAAUGACACCUCCACUUCCUGGUGGGAUUUUUUCUCCUCCAGCUUCUUCCACUCAGCCUCGAGACUCAGCAAUUGCAACUCUACAACAAGCUGUGGCGAUGAACUUUUGUAACCCCAUGCAAGGAAACUCGCUGGGAGCAGGGACCUUGCAGUCUCCUAGGAUGGUGAGAAGAUUUCAGGUGAUGCAAAGUGUUUCCAGCCCAGUCUCUGCUUCUCCGCUACAGUCACAGCUCCUAGCCUCCGGUGCCUUUGCUCCAGUCUUGGCCAGUCCCCCAAUUCAGAGCCCAUUAGCUACAGGAGGACGAUCAUUCCAGUAUGGAUCCAGUGCACUGGCUGGUCCUAACUCAGGCUCCCAGCUGUCUCUGGUUCAACAGCAUAUAGCCAGUCCUGCACACAGGCCCAGCAUGCAUAAGAGCACCCAUUCUUUGCACCUGGGGAGUCUGAGCCAAGAUGUCAGGGCCCUAUCCGCCUCACAGCCCUCAUUGCCCCAUGAAGGGGUGCAACCAACUGUCUCCAGUCCACCCCAAUCAGCACAAGUUUCUUCCACUUCUAUUGGACCCCCUCAAACCCUGUCAGGCCCUACAAGCAUUCUGAGUGCAGUACCUCAUAGGGUGGUACUCCCCCAUCAAAUGUCAGCCGGGGCCUUUCCUGUAGCAUCUUUGCCUGGUUCUCUGCAUGGUUUUGCAACAGGGAUGGCAGUAGGUAGCAUUGGAACAGGUCAGGCGGACACAGGUCCCCCUAAAAAGGACUCAAUAGUAAGCCUUCCAGAGACAGACCACGCCAAGGUGAGAUCUAGGCUAUCCUCAAACUUGUGAUUUUAAUUAAACUGUUCUGGGAGACUGACUGAUUGAGGAGACUAAUCACAGGAACAUCUUCCUCUUCUUUUUUCCAAGUCUGACUAUUUGAAUGUAUGGAUGUUGAGUGAGCUGGGAGCAUCUAAGACAUUUAAAUCUAGUGACAUUUGAUUCUGCCACACAGAGAUGUUUCUACUCACAGCUGUAGUUGCACAGACAAGUAGAGAUAAAGUAGAGUUUUUCUCAACAUAGUCAACAAUAUAUUCUUCAGUGUCUCAUUCACUUCAUAUAAAGGAAAUCCGGGGUUGAGUCUUUGAAAGAAAAUUUUCAGGUACAUAGGCCUACUUCAGAUAUCAGAAGGUUAAACUUCAUUGGUAAUUAUUUACUGUACCAUAAAAAUCCACCAGAACUCCUUUUAAACUUAUUAGCUUUGGUAUUGGAGAAAAAACUGUUGUUUUAUUGUCCCCUUUAAAUUGUAU